UAGGAGGGAAAAGUCUUGAGCUUCAUUCAAUUAUUGGGUUGGAAUAGUCCUAUAAGAGCAACUCACAUCCAUUUCUUUAACAUAUACACUUAUACAUCUCAUAAUGAAGUCAUCUUACCUCCCUCUUUGUUUGAUUCUCUUGUCCAUUUCUGUUAACUCUUCAGCUGCCGAUGAAGGUGCUGCAGUGGUCGACAUAGAUGGGAAUCCGGUGCAGGCAGGAGUGGAUUACUACAUCCUGCCCGUUAUCCGGGGAAGAGGGGGCGGUCUCACCCUAUCCAGCACCGGCAACAAGACUUGCCCACUAGACGUUGUCCAAGAGCCACAGGAAGUGGAUAACGGCCUCCCGCUGACGUUCCACCCUGCCAACUCCAGCCAAGGUGUGGUCCGUGUCUCAGCUGAUCAGAACUUUGUAUUCUCUGCUGCCUCCGUGUGCGUUCAAUCCACCAUAUGGACUCUCCAAUUCGACGACUCAAUCUCAAACUAUAUCAUAACAACCGGAGGGGUCGAAGGGAACUAUGGCCGUCAGACAGUUGGGAACUGGUUCAGGAUCGACGAGUUUGACAGCGACUACAAGAUAGUGCACUGCCCCGGAGUUUGUGACACGUGCAGAGUCGUGUGCGGAGACUUUGACGUUGUCGUGCAGGAUGGUGUUAGGCGUUUGGUUCUCAAUGGUGAUGGCCCUUUGAAGGUUAUGUUCAAGAAGGCAUAGAUAAUACACUUAAUUAGAAUGUUUGUGUAUUUUCUGAAAAAAUAAUCAAUAAUGGAUCUUUCUUUGCUGUGA